AUGGCAAUGAACAACUACACAGCUGUUGUAGAGUUUGUCCUGCAGGGAUUCUCUGGGGAUCCCGGCUUCCAGGGUUUCUUCUUGGCCUUUUUCUUCAUUCUUUACAUCCUGGCUCUGGCAGGAAACACCCUCAUCAUCAUGGCCAUCAGCCUGAAUACAAGUCUUCACACCCCCAUGUACUUCUUCCUUGCAAACCUGGCCCUGUUGGACAUUGUCUGCACAUCCACUGUUCUACCCAAGCUGUUGGAGGGUCUGGUGGGUAAGGGCAGCCGCAUCUCUUAUAAGGGAUGCAUGACCCAGCUCUUCUUCCUAACCUGGUUUCUGGGGGCUGAGCUGCUGCUGCUCACUGCCAUGGCCUAUGACCGCUAUGUGGCCAUCUGCCGCCCACUGCACUACAGCAUGCUGAUGAGUUGGCCUGUCUGUGUCCUGCUCGCAGGCAGUGUGUGGCUCAUCAGUGCAAUCAGCACAUCUGUGCACACUGGCCUGAUGGCACAGCUUGAUUUCUGUGGCCCCAACCAAAUUCGUCACUUUUUAUGUGAAAUCCCAUCACUGCUACUGCUGUCUUGCAGCCCGACCACCCUCAACAACAUCAUGAUUGUCAUCGCAGAUGUUUAUUUUGGUGUGGUCAACUUCCUGUUGACCAUGAUAUCCUACAGCUUCAUCAUCGCCAGCAUCCUGCGCAUCCGCUCUGCAGAGGGCAAGAGGCGUGCCUUCUCUACCUGCUCUGCCCACCUGGUGGUGGUCACCUUGUAUUACUCCACUGUCAUCUAUACCUAUGUGCAGCCUGGCUCUGGAUCUUCCUUGGAAAAUGGAAAGUUGGUUGCCUUAUUGUACACUGCAGUCAGCCCUACUCUGAACCCCCUCAUUUACUCUCUGAGGAAUAAGGAUGUCAAAGUGGCCCUCAGGAAGGUGUUUCCCUGUGUCUGUUGA